AUGGCAUCCACCGCCUCAUCCUCAAAUGGAUUCCCGACACCUGCCGAUCCGUCGUCUAUAGGAAGUGUGAACACGUUGGAUGAAGUGCACUACGCCUCGACAGACUUCUACAUCGGUCUGGGUCUCGCCGUCAGCUCGUCGCUCUUCAUCGGCUCCUCGUUUAUCAUUAAAAAGAAGGCGUUACUCAAAUUGGCGUCCGGUGACACGUCACAACGCGCGUCGGAAGGCGGUUACGGUUAUUUGAGAGAGUGGAUGUGGUGGAUGGGCGUGAUUACGAUGGGCGUUGGUGAGGCGUGUAACUUCGCCGCCUACGCUUUUGCUCCGGCUUCGUUGGUCACACCGCUUGGAGCGCUUUCUGUCAUUGUUACCGCAAUCCUCUCAUCCCGAAUGCUAAACGAACGUCUCAAUCUGCUCGGCUCAAUCGGUUGUGCUCUCUGCCUUCUCGGCUCAACAGUCAUCGUAAUCCAUUCGCCGAAAGAAGAAGAAGUCGGAUCGAUGGCCGAAUUGGCGCUUAAAAUGAAAGACGCCGGAUUUUUGAUCUACGUGAUACUCAUCAUUCUCGCCACCGGAUUCAUUGUUGUCUACGUGGCGCCGCGAUACGGUCAUUCGAACAUUUUGGUGUACAUUUCGGUGUGUUCACUUAUUGGAUCAUUGUCGGUGUUGUCGGUGAAAGGAUUGGGUCUGGCGAUUAAGGAAACCCUUGCCGGCAAUCAACAAUUCACGAAUUGGCUAACGUACUUCUGGCUGGCAUCAGUCGCCAUGUGUGUCUCUGUCCAAUUGAUUUAUUUAAAUAAAGCAUUGGACAUCUUCAACACGUCGAUGGUCACACCCAUCUACUACGUCUUCUUCACCACUUUCGUCAUUUUGGCGUCGUCGAUUUUAUACAAAGAAUGGUCGUGUCUCGGCGCGUCGGACGUCAUCGGAAACUUUGUCGGAUUCUUGACGACGAUUAUCGGCAUUUUCCAGAUGCAACUAUUCCGCGACGUGAACAUUUCGCUGUACCAAGUGCAACGACUCGUCUCCCGACCGUCCGCCUCGCUAGCGAACGCCGAUUUCUCGUCAUCGUCGACGAAUUUGGUGGACGAUUACUGUAUGCGACAAUCGAACAGUAAUCGACGAAUGGUUUACACUUAA